CCCUCAUCAGUCAAUGUCACAAAAUCUUCCGCCUGUGAUGUCGCUGUGUUCACAGGUAAGGCAGACUGCCCUCACUAUGCCAAAGCUGAGCUCCUGGCUGACUAUCUCCAGGCUAACUUGCCAGACUUCAGGGUUCACAAGAUCACUCAGCACCCCGACAAAUGGGAGCAGUGGCUUCAUGAGAUUUGUGAAAGAAAUGGAUGGGAACACAAAGAGUCUCCUAUUGUUUGGAGAGAACUGUUGGAUCUUGGAGGGAAGGGUCUGCUUCUGGGAGGACUUAAUGAUUUUCUGCAAUAUGCUGAGCACUAUUACAGCAUCCCCUCAAUGAUGUCAAGUGAGGAAAUGUUAGACAUUGCUGAGGAGAACCUGCAGGCACAUAUUGAAAUUGAAAAAGAGGAGGAAGAGAUUAAAAGUCUAAUCAAGCCUUUGCAGAUCUGGAUCACCAGUGCAUCAACUCCAGUCUGUUAUCAUCUGAUCCCUCUGUUGGCAAAUGGAGAAGUGUUUGGGAUGACCACAGAAAUCAGUAUCCAUUUGCUUGAUGCUGACCAGUUUAAGGAAGUUCUUUGCAGUAUUGUAUUGGAAGUUGAAGACAUGGCCUUCCCACUCCUCCGCAGUAUUUCAGAGCACACGGACAUAGAUGAGGCUUUUAUUCAAGCUGAUAUUAUCAUUGUUCUUGAUGAUGUCCUCUUAAACCUUGAAGUCAAAUCCCUCGAGAACUACAUCAGAGAAGUGAGUGAGAUAUGUCAAGUUUAUGCUCCCCUGAUUGAGAAGAAUGCCAAGAGUGAGGUCAGAGUAAUUUCAUCAGGAAAGACCUUUGUAAACCUUAAGGCGAUGAUGAUUAUGACAUACGGUUCAUCAAUUAAGCCUGAAAAUGUUAUUGCUGUUGCAACAUCCUGGGAAAGUGCAGCUAAAGCCGUGCUGGCCAGGAAGCUGAAUAUGAAUGCAGGAGGAGUUAAAGACGUGAUUGUUUGGGGCAAUAUUACUGGCUGUAACUACAUUGAUUUGUCACACGCAAAGCUUUAUGGAUAUGACUGUGCUAUUCGGGGCCCAGCUAAUUUUUCAUGUCCUUUGUUGAAUAUGAUUUAUGAUAGAGAAUGGAUCCAUUCAGAAUUUCUGUCUGCACUGAGUUCCCAGGUCUGUCGUUGUGUAGGAAUGUUACCUGCUCAUGCCAUAGCCUCUGUACUGAGAUACUGGUAUCAUGGCUCUCCUGGGGAGAUUGUUUCUGUGGGAAUACUUUCUAAAGGUCAAUUUUCCAUUCCUGAAGGAAUUGUCUUCUCCAUGCCAGUGAGGUUCCAGAAUGGUAACUGGGAAGUCAUGACAGAAUUAGAAAUUAAUGAAACGACCCAAGAAGUUCUGGGACGUUCAGCCCAUGAGCUGACUCAGGAAAAGCUCGUUGCACUAAAAGAAAUAGAAGAAGUGCAUCCAUAUGGAGCUGUUAAAAUCGCUAGUGAAAAAUCUUUGUGUCAAG